CAGACGAGCAAGCUUGCCUAAGGCAGUAAAAGGAGGCAGGCCAGCUCAGACACAGAGGAGAGCGGCAUGAAAGCGAGACAGUAUGUGUACGUGUGUGUUAAUGGGAGAGGACCAGACAUCAUACAGUUGACUCUGACAAGGAUUUAGGACUCGGUCCAGAAGAUUCUCUGUAUAGUUUUUUUUCCUUCCACCAUUUCAUCCCCCUCCCCAUCCCCUUUUCCUUUUCCCCAUCCAUCCUCUGGCAGUUAUCCCCCCUCUUAGCUCCUGCUUCGGGCGGCUCCACCGGGCAUGCUCCUUAAGCCAAAGUAUGGCCGCUUUCGCAAUGAGUCUGUGACCUCCUCCGACGACCUGAUGCAGAGCUUAGCCAUGAGCGGCAAAGUUGUGGCCACACCGGUGGUCUCCUCCUCCACCCCAAGUCUUCCUCUGCCUCCUCUGCCUCCUUUGCCUCCUCUGGAGCCCAGUGCCAGGUCCUCUUCCUCUGCUGGAGCAGCUGCCCUGGCCGACUCCCCUUGCCUGGAUGGGGAACAGGAUGCCACCACAACCUUCUGCAUGCUCAUCCCAAAGAUGCCCCAGUGGAAAUUCUCCAACUCACUACUGAGCCGGAGCCCAUCCAACUCCAGUUCCAGCUCCAGCUCCAGCAAGGAUUCGGGCAAGGCAGCGACAGCUCCUUCCCAGUCUUCUGUCUCUUCUUCAUCACAUGGCGGAGUGACUGCAGCCAGUGGUCCUGUGGCCAGCCUUGCAGCUGUGCUUAACUCCUGUGACCCUGUCUGUAUCACCCCAUGUUCCCUACAGGCCUUUCGGGGACAGCGAGCAGUUACUGGGGGGCAUGGAUUUGGGACCACAGAGGUCAUGAUGAGCCCUGGUGGCUCUGGGAGUUCCAGAUCAGGAAUGAAUCGCAGGACGAGGGUGGAAGGCAUGUGGCCAGGGGGAGAGGACUUCAACCAGAAGGGCAGCUUUAUCCACAAACCCUCUCAAGGCUGGUUGCACCCAGACAAGAAGAUUGCAGGACAAGGGGCUUCUUAUGUUGUCAGGUAUAUGGGCUGCAUUGAGGUGCUGAAGUCAAUGCGGUCCCUGGACUUCAACACUCGGACUCAGGUUACAAGGGAAGCCAUCAACAGGCUGUGCGAUGCUGUGCCAGGAGGAAAAGGAGCUUGGAGGAAGAAGGCCCUGAACAAAGCUCUCCAGUCAAUCAUGGGAAAGAGUAACCUGCGAUUUGCCGGGAUGAGCAUCGCAGUCAAUAUUUCUAUAGAUGGCCUUGGUCUACUUAUUCCGACCACACGUCAGGUGAUAGCACAUCAUCCAAUGCAGUCCAUUUCGUUUGCGUCUGGAGGAGACACAGACACACCUGAUUAUGUUGCCUAUGUAGCCAAGGACCCUGUGAACCAGAGAGCUUGCCACAUCCUGGAGUGCUCAGAUGGUUUAGCGCAAAGUGUGAUCAGCACCAUCGGCCAAGCCUUUGAGCUGCAGUUCAAACAGUAUCUUCACAGUCCUCCUAAAACCAUGGCGUCCGUCGAAAGGUCAGCCAGGACAGAGGAGCCCAUGUGGGGGGAUGAGGAAGACUUUUCUGAGCAUGACUACUACAACAGCAUCCCAGGAAAGGAGCCCCCUGUUGGAGGGGUGGUGGAUUCCCGGCUGAGGCACAGUGGAGCCCUCCUGGGUCACAUCCACACACAGCCGCAGAGUAAGACAGCAGCACAGAUGGGAUCACCAGCAAGGAGAGAGCAAGGGUCUUACCCCCCUGGCCAGCUGUGCUAUGAACUUCACUGGGACACUGAAACCACCUUCAACUCAGGUCUGACGUCAGAUGGUUACCUUUGUGCCGAUGGUCAGCCACCAAACAUGAAGGACUACGAGGAGCAUCAGUAUGUCAACACCCAGAGUCUGGAGAACUUGGAUUCAUUUACACAGGUCCAUGAAGGAUACAGAGGAGCAAGAGCACCUGACAGUCCCAAAAAGGACCUCUUUGACAUGAGGCCUUUUGAGGAUGCUCUCAAGCUCCAUGAGGCCUGUGAAGGAGCUGCUGGAUCUGGCGCUCAAGCUGGAGGAGGAGGCAUUCGUGUAUUAGAAGAUCAAUGGCCCAGCCCUCCACGACGCAGAGCUCCUGUCGCCCCAAAUGAGGAGCAGCUCCGCAGGGAGACCUGGUACCACAGCCGGAUGAGCCGACGUGACGCUGAGAAACUCCUGGUGCGAGAUGGAGAUUUCCUCGUUCGUGAAAGCACUACAAACCCAGGGCAGUAUGUGCUGACUGGCAUGCACUGUGGCCUUCCUAAACACCUGCUGUUAGUGGACCCUGAAGGAGUGGUCCGGACCAAAGACAUGCUAUUUGAAAGUAUAAGUCACCUCAUCUCAUACCAUCUGAAGAAUGAGUUACCUAUCGUGGCCGCAGAAAGUGAGCUCCAUCUUAAACAGGUGGUCAGGAGGAAACUGUGAGAAUCCUGGUCCUGCAUGUGACGCUGAAUCCAUGCGUGUCCAUGAGCCAUGAUAAAACUGAAAUUGGAAAUAAUUUCCUUGGGAAGAUAAUUGAUUCAGUGAGGAAUAUUCUGCAGAUACUUUUCUUCCAAGGACAAACCUGUUAUGGAGCAUGAGGUAUCUGACACCACUUUGUACUUUCUCUGCCUGUCAGCCACCUGG